AUGUCGGCCCUGACGUUUAGCCAAGAAUCGUUUGAUGGGAAACUGCCUUCCAGUUUGAAGAGGAGGGUUUCAAGGCCCGAUUUAAGAACUCUAAAGCUACAAUGUCUGACUAUCGAUGAAGAAGAGAGUAAAAGUCUUAUGGAUUCGAUAAAUAAGCAGAUUAAUAGAUCUCGCAAAUGCUUGGUGCUCACUGGAGCCGGAAUAUCGUGCAACGCAGGAAUACCAGAUUUCAGGUCUUCAGACGGGCUUUACGAGAUGGUCAAGAAGAGCUAUCCAAAGCUAUCGAUAAGAUCUGGUCAAGAAAUGUUUGACAUUUCAUUGUUCAGGGAAGAAGAGAAAAUUUCUAUCUUUGCUACGUUUAUGGAGAAGCUGUAUAGCAGCACCAGAGUAGCUCAGCCGACGCAAACGCACCGGUUCAUCGCGCAUUUAAAAAAUAGGGGCAAGUUACUGAGAUGUUACACUCAAAAUAUAGACGGAAUUGAGAAACAGUUAGGGCUUGAGAUGUCUUCUGGAGGUUUAGAAGAAACUUGCUUUUCGAAUCACUGGAGUGGAUUAGACGUUGUGCAACUUCACGGCGAUCUCAAUAUGCUUAGUUGUACGCGCUGUUCUAAAACUUUUGCAUGGAGCAGACAUCUUUCUCGCCAUUUGAGGAAUGGAGUGCUUCCCAAUUGUCCGAAAUGUCAUGAAUUCCAUACGCAGCGAUCUUUGCAAGGCAAGCGUAAUACUGGGACCGUUGGAUUAUUGAGACCAAACAUUGUGCUAUAUGGAGAAAAUCAUCCAAGCUGCGACUUCAUUACCCACGGGCUCAACCUGGAUUUGUGCAAGGGCAAACCAGACGUCUUUUUCGUAAUGGGUACUAGUUUGAAGGUCGAUGGAGUCAAAAGGCUUGUGCGCAGUAUAAGCAAACAGGUUCAUGAACGGAACGGAUUAGUUAUCCUCAUUAACAAGACACGCAUAGCGGAUAGCAGUUGGCACAGUAUCAUUGACUAUCAGAUUAUCAGCGACUGCGACGAUUGGGUUGCUUAUUUAAAGAGCGAGAUACCUGAGUUUUUCCGGUCUCAGGAAGAAGUCAAUAGGAUUAGACAACUGAAGAGAGAAAACAGCGAAGCGCGAAAAAGGCAACGGGAAGAGAAGAGAAUGACACCUCCUCCAACUCCUCAAAAGGGGACUAAUUGCAAACACAAUAUCGAAGAGCCACCAAAACUAUCGAGAACCUCGAAAAAGACCAAAACUGCGUCGAGUCGGUCAUUGUAUUCCGAGCUGUCUAAAGGGGAAACUAAAAUAAUCCCAAAACUUUCAGAAGAAUAUCUGCCGUUUAUAAGCAACAGCAACACAUCCGGUAGCCAAGAGACAUAUAGCGACUGGACCGCAAAUGGCAAAAUGGAGUACUCACAGUCCUUGAGCCGACAAGACACUGUAGAUUGCCUGACAGACACCACUAUUGAGGAUGUUGUCACUGACGUUGACGAUCUCGAGGCGAUUAAUUUACAUGCUAAACUUUCAAAGACAACCUAUCCAAAGAAUUAG